AUGGCUCCCCGUGCGAGCUCGCCGGCGCUCUCCGAGAAUGAAUUCGACAUAUUCGAUGCCCUCGCUGGCGGCAACGACGUUGAACAGCCACAGAAGGGGCUCUCGACCGACCUCGGUAUAGAUCUUGACAUUGGGAGUGAUGAUGGGUCGGACGACGAGGCCUUCAUUGCCGCCAAGCAGGCUGCCUCGAACCGCAAGGCUUCCAACGUGGGCAAAUCGGUCAAGAAAGGCGGAGGCUUUCAGGCAAUGGGCUUAAACGGCGCGCUCCUCAAGGCUAUUACACAAAAGGGCUUCAAGAUACCGACUCCGAUCCAGCGCAAGGCAGUGCCACUCAUUCUGCAAGGAGACGAUGUCGUAGGAAUGGCUAGGACAGGUUCAGGAAAGACGGCUGCGUUCGUGAUUCCCAUGAUCCAGAAGCUUAAGGCGCAUUCUGCAAAAGUUGGCGCUCGUGGAAUCAUCAUGUCGCCAUCCCGCGAACUUGCUUUGCAGACCCUGAAAGUUGUCAAAGAAUUCGGACGCGGGACUGAUCUUCGAACCAUCCUGCUGGUUGGCGGCGACAGUCUCGAAGAACAAUUCAGCUCUAUGACCACGAACCCCGACAUCAUCAUCGCGACGCCCGGCCGAUUCCUCCACCUUAAAGUCGAGAUGGGCCUGGACCUUUCUUCCGUCAGAUACAUAGUUUUUGACGAAGCUGAUCGUCUGUUUGAAAUGGGUUUCGCCGCGCAGCUUGCAGAAAUUCUCUACGCGCUGCCCACCUCGAGGCAGACUCUUUUGUUCAGUGCUACUCUCCCAAAAUCGCUUGUCGAAUUUGCAAGAGCCGGUCUACAGGAGCCGAAGCUGAUACGACUGGACGCUGAGAGCAAGAUCUCGCCUGACUUGAAAAGCGCAUAUUUCACGAUAAAGUCGGGAGAUCGAGACGGGGCUUUGCUUUACCUUCUAGACCAGGUCAUCAAAGUGCCGGUGGGCGAGACUGACGCAUCAAAAAGAGCAAAGGAGAACGCCGACAAGGCCGCCAACGGCAAGAAGCGCAAGCGGAGCGACCUGCACCCCAAGGACGCUCCAGUUCAAGAAUCCACGAUCAUAUUCGCCGCAACCAAGCACAGAGUAGAGUACCUCUCUAGUCUCCUCAAGUCUGUGGGAUACCCCGUGUCAUACGUGUACGGAAAUCUCGAUCAAACGGCGCGAAAAAUGCAAGUCCAAGACUUCCGAACAGGACUGACGCGAAUCCUCGUUGUGACUGACGUUGCUGCCCGUGGUGUGGACAUGCCGCAUAUUAACCACGUAAUCAACUACGACUUUCCCUCACAACCUAAGAUUUGUGUGCACAGAGUAGGCCGGACAGCUCGUGCUGGACGCAAGGGCUGGGCGUACAGUCUGUGCAGACAUGUUGACCUGCCGUACCUCAUCGACCUACAGCUGUUCCUCGGGAAAAGGCUGGUAAUUGGCCGGUCUAGUAACGAGGUCAAUUUUGCAGAAGAUUUCGUCAUUGGUAGUCUCGCGCCAUACCAACUCGAGUCUUCUGUUGAGCAAGUGAACAAACAACUCACGGAAGACGAAGAUCUGCAACUGCUACUGAGCGUGGCCGAGAAGGGCGAGCGACAAUAUCAAAGAACUCGAAACCAAGCAAGUACCCAGAGUGUUCACCGAGUCAAGGAGCUAGUGGCGUCUUCAAACUUUGCGGAUACACAUAUGCUCUUCAACGAUGAUAUGCACGACGCUUUGAGGGAGAAGGAGAAGAUGCUCGAGAGGAUACAGCUGUUCAGACCCGCUGAAACAGUGUUCGAGAUCGGAAGGCGUGGUACUGGUAGCGAGACGGCUGAGAUCAUGCGCAAGAGACGAGAGCAAGUCGCAAAACAGAGAGCGAAGCAGCAGUUGAACGCGGCAGCCGAGGCUCACGAAUCGGAUGAUGCAUCUCCCGAAGAACCGAACGAUGUCGACAUGGAUUCCGAUAACGACGCGUCUGCUGCUGGGGGUGGCUAUGAAUCCGACUCUGACGAACUCGAAGUAUCAAUCUCGCAACCAGCUUCGAAGGGCACAGGCAAAGAUGACUGGCGUUCGGACGAGUUCUUCAUGUCAUACCUACCCAAGGAGAAUAUGGCCGAGGAGAAAGCAUACGGCGUCACUGGAGGAGAUGCUGGCAACACAAACUUCGUCUCAGCAGCUAGGGCAGCAGAAAUGUCCCUGGUAAACGAUGAGAUUCAAGGCUUCGCAGACUCGAGCAAGUCGAAAAUGCGAUGGGACAAAAAGUCCAAGAAAUACGUAACUCGCGCCAACGACGAAGACGGAUCCAAGGGCGCGAAGAUGAUCCGCGGCGAGAGCGGCCAGAAAAUCGCAGCCAGUUUCCGCAGCGGCCGCUUCGACGACUGGCGCAAAGCAAACAAAGUCGGUCGCCUGCCGCGCGUAGGCGAAAUGGAAGCCCCCAACCGCUCCGCCAACUUCAAGACGGGCCGCCACUACAAGCACAAGGAGGAGAAGGCGCCCAAGGAAGCAGACAGGUACCGUGAUGACUACCACGUGCAGAAGCAGCGAGUGCAGGAAGCGAAGGAGAAGCGCGUUGGCAAGUUCAAGGACGGCGGCGCUAAGAGCGAAUUGAAGGACGUCGAGGCUGUCAGGAAACAGCGCAAGAUCCAGGAAAAGCGCAAGGACAAGAACGCGCGACCAUCCAAGAAGAGGAGGACGUGA